AUGUGGUCUGGAUGUACCCACCUCUUCAAUGAUGAGACGGACACGGACAAUGGCACCGGGAGAUUGGAGGGCAGACCAAAGGCAGUGGUGUGGUCAGGAUCUUCUGGGGCUGCCCUGGAUAAAGGGCAGGGGGGACGGACGGAUUGUGACUCCCAGGGGCUACUGUGCUCCUACCCCGUCGGGAACAUCUCCCUGCUCCGAAAUGGAAAGGAAAAGGUGAUGACAUACGGGACCUCCUACCGGAUUUGCCUCCGGCUCCUGAUGCCGGAGUCUCCCAUCAACCAGAACUUGGGAAUGUUUAUGGUGAGGAUGACCUGCUACACCAAGGAAGGGAGCGAGAUCUCCAGCGUUUCCAGAUCGGCGAUGCUACAUUACAAAUCGUGGCUGCUGCAGACCCUGGACACGCUGGUGUACGCCCCGCUGUUUGUCACCGGCCUGGUGGAGCAGGCGCAGGUGGUCGAGGUCGAGAUGUACUCGGACUACCAGGAGGACUCGUACAUGCCGACGAUGGGGGCCGUGAUCGAGAUCCAGACCAGGCGCAUCGAGAUCUACAAGGCCCAGCUGCAGAUCCACGCCCACUUCACGGGAAUACGGUACAUCUUGUACAGGUUCCCCGUGACUUCCGCCAUCAUCGGGGUGGCCACGAACUUCACCUUUCUGUGUGUCCUGGUGCUGGCCAGCUACCUGCAGUGGAUCUGGGGGGGGUUGUGGCCCCCAGACUCCAGGGCGACCCCACCGCAAGGACCGCAGCCACGGGAAGUGGCCCCUCUGCAGACCUCGUUCGCUCCGGGCCCAGGGACGAUGAGGAGACGCAUGACGGGCUCUCGCGGUGUCGCCAUGGAGAGUGGGCAGCAGCAGGUGUAUUCCAGCACCCCCACCCACUCGGCAGCUGGUACCCUCUGGCCCAGCGGCAACCAGCCCCUGAACACGAGCGACGCAAGUGGCUUCGACUCCUCCAGUACGUUCUGGGGCUCCACGGCGCGAUCCGAUCAGGGCUCCUACAUGUCGGACUUUCGGGCGAGAGGAGUACAAGACCCUCUGGGAAGAGUGGACACCAACUCGGUCAAGUUGGAUCAGUCUGGAAGAGAAGUACCGGCGGAAGGUUCUGGAAGGUUCGAGCGUGCCUCCUUGAAGUCUGAGCAGUCUAUGAAAGGUGUUUCCGGGAAGUUGGAUAACAUUGGAGCAAUGGACCGCAGCUCCAUCCACUCCAGACAUUCUAAUCCAGUGACACCGCUCCAGACACCCAGCGUCCAGACCCUCCUGAGGGGGAUGCCCGAUCAGAGUGUGGCUGAAGGCACAGUGUUUGGGUAUUCCGGUGAGGAUAUGCCGACUCCGGUGGCGGUUGGUUUGGACAGCUCCGAACCCUGGAUCCCGGGCCUACAGCACUCCCGCACCGAGCCCCAGUGAUGACAGCAGCAGGGGCCCCACCACCAAGAUGGUGUUUUUGUAAAAGAGCAAAUAAGAUGCUGCGAGACGGUUGCGGGGGAAGAGGGAGAGAGAGAGAGUGUGGGUGAGCUGGCUUCUUCCUUCCUGGAGGAAUAGCUCUGGAGCACCAUCAGAUCUGUUACAUUUCUCAUCAGUGUUCCCCACCAUUUCCCCUCUUUCCCCUACCCCUUUUCACUGCUGGGGGGUCUCCCUCCUGCCAUAAUGGGUCACUGCCCCUGGGAGAGUCAGGCAGGCUGUCUGUUCCAGGGAGAAGCCUUCAUCUCUCCCCCCUCCUCCAAGGAGAGAGGGAAGAGAGGCAAGAGGCAUCUGUUUCUCCCACUGUAGAGGGAGCCUGACUCUGUAUCUAACCCUGUGCUGCUGCUCUCCUGUGUUUGAUGACAGUGUAAAGGGAGCUUGACUGUGUAGCCCUGUACUGCCAAUUUCAUGUGGGAAUACCAGUGUAGAGGAAGCUUUACACGGUGUCUAACCCCAUUCUGUCCCUGUCCUGGGGAGUGGGGAAGAAAAGAAAGGAAACAGUGUAGAGGGAGCUUUACUCUCUGUACAGCCAAUUUGAUGUAGGAAUACUACUAUAAAAGGGAGCUCCUCAUGCUCUCCCCUCUCCUGGGAAUGUUUAAUAGGUUGGGAAAGAGAGUUUUACUCUGUCUAACCUUAUCCUCCAUCAAGCACUCCCAGGACAGUCUAGGGGGAACUUUCCUCCUUAUUCCCAGUGAUUUUAAGAAUUGAAUUCUGGUGCAAAUCUCUCAAAAAACACAGCGUGAGUGUUACUGGUAGAGAAGCAGCAAUUUGGAUAGUAAUAAAGGAAUGACUGUGUCUGCCUUCCUGCUAAAAAGUUUUAACCCACACUCGCUCAAAAAAAAAGGUGCACAUCCCUCCACCAAAAGCAGAGUCUCUGGGGAGAGGAAAAGGAGCCCUCAGCUUAAAAACAGAAUCCUCUCUAUCUUCCCAUGAUUUGAAAGUGUGUGUGUGUUUUUGCACUUAAUGCAGUCUUUUGAGCAACUCCAGCACAGCCACAUGUGUAACACUUCCUCAGGUCACUAUCAAACACAGUGAGAGAGACCCUACAGUGCUCCUGCCCUAAAUCCAGCUAAACAAGGCCAUCCCUCCUGAAACAGGAUUCCACUCUGUACUAUCCUUGACCUGUUUCUACCACUCCAUUUUUUUUGAAGACAGGGGCCUAGAAUAAAGUGAUCUACCCUACACCACAAGGACUGGAAGAGCAAGCAGGGAAAAUAAAACACACAGUCUGGUUUAAUUCAGUUUCCUGGUCAAAGUCAAGUCAGGAGCAGCCAUCACAGAGAGCAGCCAAACAUUUCCUGGGAGGCGUACGUCAUGUAGAGAAAGCCAUCUUCUUCCCUGUACUCUGCAUAGAUCUCAGCCAUGGUCAGAGACAUACUUGCCAGACUCCUGUCGUUCACCAUCAGGUAGAAGGCUUGGCUGGAGGAGACUGACAUUCGACUCCUGCGUGAGAAAGGAGAGAAGAUUUGAGAAUCUAAAGGAGGGUAGAGCUGACUCAUUUGGGGAGGGAGAUCACCGUUUAAUCUUAAUUAGGUAGAGUGGAUCUUAAAAUGAGGGGCAAAGUCACUAUCUAAGACAUUAAAGUAUUCUGAAUUUACCUUAUUUUAAGAAGGGUGAGAAUCAUAUACAGAGGCCUGUAGAAUUGAGUGCGAGACCUUGACAAAUUAAUAGAGAUUUCAUUUUGACUCAGCACACAAUUUUAACCCAUUUGAAUCCCUCUAUCAAACAACUUCAGAAGCAAGUUGCUACAAUCUAGUGUUAGAGCUUUACAAAAACUCCACACACCCUAGAAAGUACUAAAUGUCCACACGCAAUGCAAGAAAUAAGGUUCAACAAGUAUUAAUACUCUGCACUAACCUUUUCAGUCUGUUUGUGUAUUUUAAACUUGUAAAUAAAUACAACUUUCUACACCUGAA